CACAGGACUAAAUUGUGUCAUAGGCUCCAGCAUGUAUGUGGAGGUUCGUCGUGUGGCUCCGAAAGGGGCGGUGCCUGCCGAGUAAUAAGUAGCCAGGCCCCGCCCAUGUCAUGUGCAUCGAUCCGGGCAGCGGAGGCCCUCCCGCAGGCAGGCAGGCAGCCAGGCAGCUGUCGUCUCCGGGGGGCUCGCUGGCUAUGGCGCUCCGGCUCCGCGUGAGGCUCCCCGUGGGAAUUCGCCGCCAGCCGCCUCCCGCCCCCGUCACCGCCGCGCCACGCGAACUCUUCGGCGGUCUCCGCGGGUAGCGAGCCGCCCCCAUGGCGAUGGAGGACCAGGCUGGCGGCACCGCCGCCGCCGCCGCCGGCGAGAGAGACGACAGCGGGGCUUGCGUCGACAGGCAGCCGGACGCGGUGCUCCACCGAGUCGGACCCGUCCACGUCGGAGGUCGCGGCGGCCGCAGCGGUAUACGAGUGCUAAAGCGCAACAUGAAGCGGGCGGGGAGUCGCGGCUGCAUGACGAGAAAGAGCCGAUUCGGAUCCCGGGAACGCGACUGGCUGAAGAGCGACACCCGGCGGGGCUGCGUGUGUCUGUACGGCGCCGCGGCGGACCCCCAGCUGACUACCACCGGACCCCAGGCGUCCUCCACCCCUCAACCCGACCUGCAGCUGGUGCUCUGCUCCACCAGCACAACGGCGGAGGAGAUGUGCGCCCAGAGGGACGGGCGGGGCCUCUUUGUCCAACUGCACGGAGAUCUGGUCAGGAGGCUGGAGCCCACCGAGCGUCCACUCCAGAUGCUCUACGACUAUCUGGCCGCGAUGGGCUACGCCGACCCGGUGCGAGUGCAGCAAGAGGCUGCCAAUUCGGACCUCAGCUGCUUGAUCCGCUUCUACGGCGAGCGACCAGUGAACGCGGACCAGCAGGAGCGCACGCUGCUGAAGGGCGUGUUCAGCGUUCGCAAGGGCAAGACGCAGCUGCACAAGUGGGCCGAGCGGCAGGUCAUCCUCUGCGGAACGUGUCUCAUCGUGGCCUCCGUCAAAGACAGCCUGACCGGCAAGAUGCACAUCCUGCCCCUGGUGGGGGGGAAGGUGGAGGAGGUGAAGAGGAGACAACACUGUCUGAUGUUCAGCUCCGCAGGAUCGCAAGCUCAGACGUACUUUGUCAAUUUCGACACACUGGCUGACUACCAGCGAUGGCAUCGACAGGCAUCCAAAGUGGUGUCGCAGACAAUUAGCCUGGUGGACCUGUCGUGCUACAGUCUGGAGGCGGUGCCCGAGUAUUUGUUCUACAGCCAAGACGUGACCCACCUCAACCUGCGACACAACUUCAUGAGCCUGGGAGGGCCUGGAGGUCUCCUCCACCUCCCCAGAUUCUCACAGCUGAAGAGCUUGAACUUGUCUCACAACCGUCUGGGCGUCUUCCCCGAAUGUGUGUGCGAGAUCCUCACCCUCACCGAGCUCUGCCUCUCCUGCAACAAUCUCCACGCCGUACCCGCGCAGAUCGGCAACCUCCAAAGCCUCCAAACGCUGUCUCUGGAUGGAAACCGCCUGAGCUCCCUGCCCAACGAGCUGGGUGGACUGUCCCAGCUCAGCAGUCUCGGCCUGUCUUUCAAUGACUUCAAUCACGUACCCGCCGUGCUGGAGAGACUGAGUGCCGUGGACAAAUUGGCGAUGGCCGGGAACCAAGUGGUGUGUCUGGAAGUGUGCGCUCUGCUCCGUAUGAGCCACCUGAAACACAUCGACCUCAGGCUCAAUGGACUACGCUGCGUGAAAAGUGAGUCUCCGGAGGCCGUGACCCAGCUGACCCACCUAGACCUGAGGGACAACUGUUUGGACUCACUGGACCUCGCUUCCGUCCGCAGCCUGGAGACUCUCCACUGCCAACGUAACCAGCUGAGGGCGCUGACGGUUGGCGGUGCCGCGCUGCACAAGCUCCACGCUGGCAACAACCGCCUCAGCGCAGUCAGCGUUUUCCCAGUCCCAAACCAACUGACACACUUGGAUUUAUCACAGAACCUUCUGGAGCGGCUACCAGACUGGGUGUGUGACUGCAGAAAAGUGGAGACGCUGGAUGUCACCCACAACCUCCUGACUGAGCUUCCAUCUAGAAGGCCUUCAUGCACAUGCGGGUGUAUCCAUUGCGACGCCUCUUCCAGGUUGCUCAACAGCUUGAGUUUGAGGAAGCUUUUGGCGGGGAACAAUCGCUUGCAGAGAUUGCCUGACCUGCUGGACCACGUCCCCCUGGAAGUUCUGGACCUCCAGCACAACAAGCUAGGAGAACUCCCGGAGAGUCUCUUCUUCAAGGCCUUGAAUCUCAAACAUUUGAACGCGUCAGCCAAUAACCUGGAAAGUAUUCCUCCCAUCGGCCAAUCGGACGACAGCCUAAGCACGCUGCAGGAACUCUACCUGACCGGGAACAACCUGAAUGAAAACUGCGGCGCUCUGCUGGUUGGACACCACAACCUGAGGGUCCUGCACAUGGCCUACAACCAGCUGCUCUCAUUCCCUGCCAGUAAACUGAGUAAGCUGGAGCUGCUCGAGGAGCUCAAUCUAAGUGGCAACAAGCUGAAGAGCAUCCCCUCCACGGUGUCCAGCUGCAAGAGACUUCACACCCUCAUAGCGCACUCCAAUCACAUUACCGUCUUCCCGGAGAUCCUCAACCUUCCUGAAAUCAAGCUUGUGGAUCUGAGCUGUAACGAGUUGACUGGAAUCCAACUGCCCGAAUCGCUGCCGCCCAGCCUCCAGGAGCUGGAUUUGACGGGCAAUGGCAGCCUGAUGCUGGAACACAAAACUCUUAAUCUCUUCAGUCAUAUCACCACAUUAAAAUUGGACCAGAAAUCGACCACAACAGCAGAUUUGCAAAACGCCUCCGCUCCCUGGAGCCACGGGUACUGUGAAAUGAGCGGCCAAAGGAACAAGUUGUGUGUGUCCAUGCUGGCCAUCGACCGCCUUGGUGACAGCGUGGAAGCGUGCUACGGUAUUUUCGACGGGGACCGCAACGAGGAGGUGCCCCGGCUGCUGCAGUGCACCAUGGGUGACGUGCUCUGCGAGGAAGUGCAACAUUCCAGUAUUGACAGCGUGUACAUGAGCAAUACAUUCCUAACCUCACACAGGAAACUGGGUAUGGCCGGCCAGAAAUUGGGUGCCUCCGCCUUGCUGUGUUAUAUCCACCAUGAGUCCUCAGAGCCGGGAGGCUUCCUCAGCGUGACCGUGGCCAACGUGGGCACCUGCCAGGCCGUCCUGUGCCGGGACGGCCGACCCGUAUCCCUCUCAAAGGUGUACAGCUUGGAAAACUGCACUGAGGAGAUGGAGAGAGUCAAACUCGGCAAAGCCAUCAUUACUGAGGAUAACAAAGUGAGCGGUGUGACAUGCUGCUCCCGCCUGCUGGGUUGCUCUUAUCUGUCUCCCUGGGUGCUUCCGAAGCCCUGGGUGCACACCGAGCCGCUCUCGUCCCAGGACGACUUUCUGAUCCUGGGGAAUCGAGCGCUCUUUGAGCGGGUGUCUUACCAAGAAGCUGUUUGCACGGUUCAGGCCGUGCGGGAUCCGCGGGCCGCCGCCAAGAAGCUCUGCACGCUGGCCCAGAGCUACGGCUGCAAGGACAACAUCGGCGCCGUGGUGGUGGCCUUGAACAUCGCCGAGGACAGCUGCACCUGCGAGCCACCGGUCUAUACCACUGAACCGCGGGGUCUCCCUCAUGUCACUUUCCCUGUGUCCAUGACGCCAGCUCCUAGUGACACAGCCACCCUGUCAUCCACUAGCGGGGUCGUGUCUGAAUUCAACAGUGAAACGUCAGCGUCGGAGGUGGGCAGCGAGGCGGGCUCCACUGCCUCCGACGAGCACCCGAACGCAGGGGCUGCGCCGCGCCCCGAGAGACGUUGCAGCCUGCACCCCGGCACGACGCUGUGCGUUAUCAUGGUCCCGGGCUCGGUCGGGCUGGGGAGCCACAUGGGCCUGUUCCAGCGGCAACCUUCCUCCGCCACUUUCUCGAGCAACCACUCUGACAACGGCUUGGACAGCGACGAUGAGACCCCACUGGAGGGCGUCAUCUCCAACGGCAGCAAGUUAGAAGUGGAGGUGGACAUCCACUGCUGCGCUUUCCAGCUGCGGCCUGGGACCUCCGAGAGCCUGAAAGACUCGGACUUUGAAAAGGGAGGUUCCGAUUAUCCUAACGGCAAGAUGCGCAGACAGAACAGCGUGGUGGUCUCCGCCACAAACGGCUGCCUGCUGGCUGUUUGCGGAAGAGAGAUCGCGGACCUGAAGAAGUCCCCUUCGGCUUCGUGCCUGUUCGGAAAGAAGCCGUCCAACGGUUCGGUGGUGGCCUCCGAGGACAGUCAUAACCUCAUCGAGGUGGCCCUGGAGGCGCCCAAGAAGAAGUCCGGCUAUUUCACCGCGCCCGCACAGCAGGACCCCGAAGACCAGCUGAUUGUGCCUCCUUGUCUGGAGCAGGAAGUACGGGAGCAGUUAAAAGGUCAGAGCCCUCUCGUCUCAGGCCCCUCUGCGCCACCCACGCCCCCUCCCUUAAAAGACGCAGGGUGGGAUCAAUCGCACCCUCCUCCUCCCUUAACCCCGAACCCGGCGCCAGGUCCUGGAGUGAUCCCAAUCAUAAAGCCUGAGGUCUAUGACACUGCCCUCUGAAAGGGGGAACACCAUGCACAACGUGGCUGCCAAGCUGUUACUGUGCCACCCUAGGGAAGUAGAAACGAUGAAUUUAAAGGGGACUCCACUUUGUGACUCUAGCCUAAAAGUACGCGUUUCAAUCGCCACCAAGCGUAUCCUUUACCUUGGGAAAAAUCUCACUUUGGGUUUGUGCAGGAAUGUGCUCAGCGCAGGUCAUAUUCUUGUAGUAAAAGUGCCUACGGCAAACGACUCAGCCUCAAGAGUUCCCAGGCUACACGGCUGUUUUAGAGUAGACCUUCUUAUACCGGAAGGAAGGAGGGGACAACAUGGCUGACGCAGCCAGUCCUCCUCCUGUAGCUUCAAUGAACAUUACGAAUGCCGUUCAGUCUCGUACCGCCGCUCCCAUCAAGCUUCAUUUUUUUUUUUUUUUUUUUAUCCGCCAUAAAACGGUUUUGGGAACCGUGGACCCUGGUCUGUCUUGAGUUUCCAUCGCGGGGGGUGAUGACGGUUGAUUGUGUGGAUUGCCAAAGCUCAGGACGAGUCAAGCUUUUGCACAUUCGAAACUGAAAAAUGAGGUUUGCUUUGAUAUUCUGCAAUUUUUGUUUAUUCAACAUGCUAAAACCCGAUCCAACAAACAUCAAGAUCAUUUUUGUGAGGUGAAACGUUGCGCCCACCUACCAGACCAGUCACUAUGCCGUUCUGUUUGGAAGGGUGCUAAAUACUAGUAUUCAUAGUAAUGCACCUGGGCUCCAUGCCAAAAUCUAAUGAAGUCAUUCAACUGUGCAAAGCCGAAAACAAACAAACAAAACCGAAAAAUCAACUCGGUUAUCGUUGCUUGAUCUACAUUUCAGUCCAAAAACGUAUGGAGGCGUGACGGUGACAUUUUUGAAGCACAUUUCCGCUGUUUACCGUGCCGUGCGAUAUCAAAUAUCUCAGCUCGUGACAAAAAUGCUACAUAAUAAAUACGACGACAAAGUCAAUUCACGUCCUUCCAGGAAACUUCAGUCGUCAUUUUUCACGUUUCCAAAUAUUUAAAGAGCACGCCGCAUAUUCAUGGUUCGGCAUUUGCAAAUUCCCUUUUUUGGGUUGAGGGGGUGGGGACCUAUUUGCAGUUUUGGUGGUCAGGCCAGACCCAUGUCUAAUUUUUAUCUGGUGGUAUCUCAGGGUCAGGGCAACUAUGUUGAAGUGAGGGGAAAGAACUUCCAUCUUGUCUCCGCAUAGCCUAGUUUAAUAGAAAAAAAGUGUUUUGUCACCAUCUUGUGGUUACUCGCUGAUUUUUGCUUUCGAUUUGUAUCCAUGAUCUCCGAAAAUCUUUACUACCCCCCCCCCCCCCACCAACAAAGAGGCAAAGCACUAAUUUCGUCUCGUCUACAUGAAACUUUCAUUUACUACAGCAUACAGCCACAAGAUGGUGCCAAAGCACAGCUUUUGGCCAAACAACUCCCUUUAAUCCACUUCAACACAGUUCCUAGGUCAUGAGAUGCCACAAGAUGGCAGCAAAAGACUUACUUUUUUGUCUGAAUGAAACCAUUUCAUUGACUUGAAUUGAGUUCCCCCUCGAAAUCCACAAAUAGGUGAAUUUGUGAAUGACGAGCCCCAAAUAUGAGAGGUCAUUUUUAUUUGUGACAAUCUCCCCUUGUACUCUCUGGUACUGCCAAUAUAUAUAUUUUUUUUUGCAGCUGCAUUGUUUUAAUUGUUAGGUGAACAUAAUACAUGCCAAUGACUUGGUUCCUGGUGCCAAAAGUUUUUUUUUUUUUUUUAAAGAAGACCAAAGUCAGGUACUUGCACGUGCCAAUCGUUGGCACAGUUGUGGCAUUCCAUAGUUUUGACUUUCCCUUUUCGCCUUAAAGCAUCGCCGCUCAGUAUUUGUUCAAAGGAAGAAGAGCCAUCGAUUGAGUCCCGCUCAUGUUGUCCUAUUUUCUUUGAAGCCUUAAUUGUCUUUCUCCUGUUACUUGUCAACGUCACGGAUUCAUCACGAAUUACUAAAGCACUUUGUACUAACUUCAGUAUGGGAGAAUGUGAUCGACUUUGCGUACUCGAGUUCAAAUGAGACUAUCGUACUUAUAGAAUGAGUACUGAGAGACGUUUAUUCCCUUCCAGUUUUCCUCCUCUAUUCAUUUUGACCAUGAUCUCAAGUCUGGCAAGAAUCAUCCUGCAAUACAAGGAACUGUUCUCGGUCAAAAAUCCUUGCACAACUGCACAUGAGUACGCUUAAUAAAAUGUGAAACUGAAUCAAGAGGCACAGUUUGCAUUGUUAUAUGAAUUCAACUGAAAUAAAUGAGGAAGAAAAAAAAAACACCACUCAAGUUGUAAUUUCGCUAUAGAGAUCGUGCACGUGAAGUCACCAUUUCCACGGUGCCAUAUUGUCAAAAAGAGCUGCUCGACAUUGUGGGGGACAUUGAACCGGAGCAGAAUAUCCACAACGACCGAGACUUGUUGUGCUGUUGGUUGUUACAACAGAUGAGACGGAUAAUGAAAGAGAUCAUUCUAUGGAAUACCAGCUGAAAAGACCAGAAAAGAUCGAUGGAUUUCAGCAAUUAAACGUGAUGGAUGGUGCCCAAGCAAACUACUUCCUUUCAGGUAGGAAUUAUUCUUUUCAAUAUCAAAUUCCAAAGAAGUAUUUAUUAUG